ACGUUUGCCAGUUGCGUUUCACAUGCGAGAGACUCUGUGUGAGAGUUUGCGUUGUUUCUCCGAAUUUUUUUGUGUUUUCAUCCAGUUUCCGUCACAGAAUAGAACAUUUUAUGCAAAUUGGAUUUUAGUGAAAUCAGAUGAGAGACUGGUUUUGUGUUACGGAAUUUGACGGAAUUUAACACAAAAAAACGUUGCCAUCAUUUAGUCAUUUGCGAACAGCCUCGAGUGUGUGAUAUUUAAAACAUUUGUUCGUCAUGUCGUCGUCGUCGCGCGUUUGGACAAAUAAGCGCUACAAACUUGAACGUUCCGAAAAUUUUGACGAAUUUCUCACCGCUUGUGGCCUCAACUUUUUGAUACGGAAAUUAAUUCUCGCUUCGACGCCAAUUGUCGAGCUUGUGGAUUGCGGCGACGGUACUUUUCUCCUCAAGCAGGAAUCUCUCAAAAGUAACAACAUGAAAUUCACGCCUGGCGUCGAGUUUAUCGAUGAGAAGCCAAAUGGAGCGAAAGUUUAUACCACAAUGACGUUCGAGAGCGAGAACGUUUUGAUCCAUACGCAGAAAAAUCCGCCUGCGAUGUUCCGACGCGAGUUCAAAGAAGACGAAAUGACAUUGGUUUGCACGGACCUAACGGGCGGCGUCGUGGCGAAACGAUGGUUUAAAGCAGUGAACUAAAAUUAACCACAAUUGCCCUGUUUGUGGGUCUUGUUACGUGUUUUUUAUUUAUUUUUUUGUUAAAAAUAUUAUUUUCAUAUAAAUAUGUGAAAUAUUGUGACAAUUAACAUGGAAACAUUUUUAUUUACAAUUUUUUACGUUUUUCGGUAAAUUGUGAGGGAAUGGUUAGCCAAUUUGAUGCACGUGUAAAUUCAAUUUUGAUGAUGAUGUUUGAACAGUAGAACAACAACUAUCAGAUUGGCGGUGUCGAUUACAUGUGGGUCAAUGUUAAUUGCAAAGUUAUUGGGCAUGAUGUGAUUAAAAUGAUGGUUUUCGAUGGAGUAAUUUAUGGCGAUGGAAAUGAGAUAUCAUCAAGGAUCGCGAUAAAAAGUGUUGACAAGUGACGCGGAAUUUUAAUUUUUAAAGCCAAUUUUAAUUUUUAAGCUUUAAAUGCAAUUGAU